AUGGCCCCACCGCCCAUUCCAGAGACUCUACCCGAUCUUCUCGCAUGGAUCGCAAGCACAGGCCCCUACAGUAAGAUCGACCAUACCACAGCCAAUUUCCCCAAUGUCAACGACUUCAUGAUCAAGGAACUUGAAGCCGCUCUCGUCCAAGCCGUCGAUAAUCUGAAAGGAGCUCGUGAGCGUCUCCGUACCAUUCCUGGACCGGGAGGAGCGUUUGCUGGAUGUGCUGCUCUCGCCACCACCUCCAGAGCUCUAAUCCACCACAUCGACUCCAGCGGCCUCCUCUCCCUCUCCCACCCCUCAAUAACCCGUCUCGUCAUCGCAGCGAAAUACCAAGGAAAGACCCUCGAGUUCCAGAACAUCCUCGUAACCCUCGCCCUCUCGACCAAAAAGCUCAAAGACGAAACCCGCAGAGUCCGUGCGGCAGUAUCGAAGUAUCAGCGCGAAGUACAGGCGAAGGAGAUGUUGAUGGGCAUGCUUGCGUCGACCUCGUCGGAAUCGAUCGAGAGUAAUGGGGAUGGGGAUGAUUGGUUCGUUGUGGGGAGUGAGAGGGAGACACCUGCUUCGACGCCUGGAGGGUGUGAAUGGGAGCAGGAGAAGUUGUAUGAGGAGAUUGAGGUGAAGCUUGCUGGGGUGCCGAUGGGGGAGGGAGAUGAUGGGAAGAGGGUGGCAGGUGAGGAGGGAGCGAGGUCGAGGUCGAGGCAGGAGACGAUUGUGGUUGCGAUUGAUGAUGUUGCGCCGUACUAUUAUCGUUAG